AACCACGCCCUUUCAGGAAAAAUAAUGCCAAAACUCGCAAUCGAAAAGACUGGCAGUGAAAGAAAAGAAACAGACAUCGAAAGCAAAUAUACGAGUAGCGUAACCAAAAGGUAGGCAAGAGCGUAGACAAAAUGGAUUCAAUAGGGUUGGUUGCUGGGAAAGUUGAACCGAAAACGAUUUUUUCAUUCGUUUUCAAAUAUAUAUAUAUUUUUUUAUCAUUUGUCAUAGAGUUUUGCUCUCGCUUAAAAAUUAUUUGCUUACACGUUUUUGGGUUUUGCUUGUGAUGUUUAUUUUAAAAAAUAAUUCUAUACAUUUUGCUUUCAAUUGUUUGGUUUUUGAUUUCACCCGUCCUCGAAAAUAUAAUGUCAAAUUCUCAACUUUAUUUUUCAUGUUCACGAUUUAUUUUAUUUUAAAUUCAAUACAUAUGGCGUGAAAUUGACCCUAUACAGUUGCACAUUUGAAUGCAUUGAACCGAAAUGUGUCUUCCCCAUUUAACCCAACCCCUCUGAAUAAGAGAGGUGCGAGGUGCUGCCUUAAUCGACAUCCACGUCAUCGACACCCGGCCCUUACGAAAAAAGAUUGCAGUCAGAGUGCAGUAUACUGCGUCCACAAUAACAGCUUUUUUUUUUUUUUUUUUUUUUUACUGCAGAAAUGUUGGCUGUAAUUGCAGUUAGAGUGCUGUAUAACUACAGCCCAACUGCAGUUAUUCUGCAUCCAAAAUACCACAGUGAAUUGCAGUUACUGCACUUUCAAAACUGCAAUCAUUUUUUGUAAGUGGGGAGCAGUUGUUGGGGGUUAAUUGCCCUUCUCAAGGGCAGAACAGCAUAUUUUUCCACCUUUCCGGCUCAAGGAUUCAAACCAGCAACCUUUUGGGUACUGGACCAACUGCUUAACAGCUCGGCUACCUUGUUUUUUUAAUCAAUGAGCUGUAUAAUGCUUCUUAUUUUAAUAGGUCUGUGUUGCCCCUGGUUACUGCAUUAUUCCUUUUUUUAAAUGUACACCCUUUUUCUCCCCAAUUUCGUGAUAUCCAAUUGCGAUCUUGUCUCAUCGCUGCAACUCCCCAACUGGCCUGGGAGAGGCAUAGGUCGAGUCAUGUAUCCUCCGAAACAUGACCUGCCAAACCGAGCUUCAUAACACCCGCCCGCUUAACCCGGAAGCCACCUGCACCAAUGUGUCGGUGGAAACACAGUUCAACUGACGACCGAAGUCAGCCUACAGGCGCCCGGCCCGUCACAAGGAGUUGCUAGAGCACGAUGAGCCAAGUAAAGCCCCCCCAGUCAAACCCUCUCCCAACCCGGAUGACACUGGGGCAAUUGUGCGCCACUCUAUGGGAUUCCCGAUCGAACCCGGGUCUGUAGUGACGCCUCAAGCCCCUGGAUACUGCUAUCAAUCCUAACCAACCAUCUCAGGUCAAUGAUUACAGGAGGACACAAUAGGCAUAUUCUUCAUCACAUCCAUAUGGGCCUUGCCCACUCCAGAGCCAUGUAUUUAGAAUAUCUAAAUACAUGGCUCUGGGCCUCACUAUAACCUUAAAGGCAGCGUAUACUAAAACAAUCUGCUGUACACUAAUUGUUAACACUCACACUUUGUGUCCAUCUCACCAGAUUACACAGCUUCUAUCAGUUGCACCUUACUGGCGGCAUAACUACGACACCGUCCUCACAGCCAAGAACCAGAUCUGGAUACAAAAUUAUGCUUUGACUUCAAUUCAAGCUGAGCUACAGGAAAUUAACAGCUAUGAAGGCUGUGGUUAAGGACCAACUGGAGAGAGGCUACAUGUAACUUUUUAUGUCCAAGUACCAGUCAGAGAGGCAACACAGAGACCUUGCUGCUUCUCAUAACCAAUUAGAAAUAGAGUAUGAAGGCCUACUGACAUCCAACAACCAAUUGCAAAAAAAACUAUAGACCUGACAGCAUCUAAAAACAACUACAGAGAGAGAUAAAAGAUCUCACAUGAACCAGGGUACGGUCACAGUGACAACACCUGAACAUCAGUGCAGCUUAACGCCUCGAUCACACCAAAGCGUCAUUGCAUUUUGGUACACCAGAAGUACAUUCAUUUCCAAUGGAAUGCUGCGUUUGCCUUCCAGCAUUGUAGAGGCAGUUGUAGUGCGUUUUGUUUGGUGCAUAUGGUGGAUUUAUCCAAUACAUGCAUCAAACUGUAUGCCUAGACGGCUUGACAGAAAUGGUAGCAGAAGGAAAAUGUUGAACUUUUGUUGCAAACAUAUCCAGAUGAUGCUGCGUGCCAUUUUGCACAAACACACUGUUGGUGUGAUCAAAGCGUUAUGACCAGUUGAGGUGAGGGUCGCAGAGACUAAAAACCAACUUCAGUUAGAUCUCAUAAGUUUCUCUGAAACUGAGGCGAUUUUGAACGGAGACUUUGUUGUCACGGUGAGGGAUAGGGAUCCCCUUCAGAAGAUGCCUACAGAGCUGGUCAACUUCCUGCCUGUGGACCGACACCGUCCACUCAGAGACCAGAUCACCCAAGGUCAGCAGUGUCUUGAUUUAUCUGUCCUUCUUCUAUAUCUAUGCACUAUAUACUGUGUGUUUGUGCAAUGUGCAUGAAUAUGUUCUUGUGUAUGUGUGUUUCUGUAUGUUUGAGCAUGUGGGUAUGCAAUGUGCAUGAAUGUGUUCUUAUGUGUGUGUCUGUGCGCGUGUGUAAGUGUUUAUGUACAUCUUCGCCUCACACACCUUGUCUUAAGGGCUGGGAGAUUCUCUCCUCCAGGUGUUACUUCUUCUCCACUGAGAGGAGGAGCUGUGUUCAACAGGGCGGAGACCUGGUGGUCAUUAGUCCAGAGGAACAGGUGAUAGACAUUGUAUUGGAGAUGCGCAGAGGUGGGAUAGAUCUAUGGUGCAAGGUGGUUGGGCCCCAAGACAAUCUUUACUCUAGUAUUAAUACAGGAUAUAAUACGCAUAGAUUAUGGGCAUUGGAUAUGUAAAAAAUCAGUGUAUCUCUGUGUAAUCCCCCAGGUAGAAAGAGUGCUGUGAGUGUGAGGGGAGAGAGUGUGUGCCUCCACCCUCAGAGAGACCAACCCUUCUCGGAGCUGGAGAGAAGAGACCUGCAGCAUCAUGUCUGGAUGGAUCUGUGAGAGCCCAGCACUCAUACGAAACGUCUGGCCAAGGUGCAUUGGGAAAGGAUAGCCAGCUAGCUUGUUAACAAUGGCAACCAUGCGUCGUCCAAGGUACUCUCUCCGAGACUCUCUGUACUGGGACGAGACUGAGUGCCUGACGUACUAUGGGAUGCUCUCUCUACACGAGAUGUUUGAAGUUGUCGGUUCUCAACUGACGGAGACAGACGUUGAGGUGCUGUCGUUCCUCUUGGAUGAGACCUAUCCGGCUGGAGGGCACCCCUUGGACCCAGCUGGCUGGACCAGCGAGCCCGGUGAGGAAGACCCUGAGGCCAGUAAAGGAGUCUCCCCCAGCCCAGUGCUCCUGGAGGCCUGGCGGCGUUUACAGCCCAAGGUUCCUGCUUUGGCCUGCCCUACCGCUGCCCGCCACAAGCCCAAGAGUGGGCUAGAACUGCUGCUGGAGCUGGAGAGACGUGGGUACCUCAGUGAGGGUAACCUGGAGCCCCUGUUGCAGCUGCUACGAGUCCUGACGCGACACGACCUCCUGCCUUUGGUGUCCCGCAAGAAAAGGAGGACAGUAUCACCAGAACGUUUCAGAGUGGACUACGGGACAGAGGACAAAAGACAGGUGUGCACAUCUGGACUGACUGACCCCUGUGCACAGACAGAAUCACAUGACGAACACACCACACAGCAAUGGAGGGGGGGUGUUGACUCUGCCAGGCCAAUGCCUGCCCCCCUACGGAAGAAGAGGGGUAAAGGCCGCCGCUGGACCAGCAAGCCCACCUCCCACAGGAGAAGAACGGGAAUCCCUGAAACUCCUCCCCCACCUAUACCUGAGAAAGUGACCUGCGACAUUCGUCUGCGUGUGCGAGCAGAAUACUGGGAGCAUGAGUCGGCUCUGCGCGGCGGCGUCUCCUCGGACAAGCAGCAGCCCCUGGAGCGGCAGUUUGAGCUGUUCAGUCGUGCCACCUCCGUGCUGCGCGCCCGCGACCUGGGCUCCAUCAUCUGCGACAUCAAGUUCUCUGAGCUGGACAACCUGGAGGCCUUCUGGGGGGACUAUCUGAGUGGAGCGCUGCUAGAGGCCCUGAAGGGGGUGUUCAUCACAGACUCUCUGCGGAGGGCGGCGGGGAGUGAGGGGGUCCGGCUGCUGAUCAGUGUGGACCAGGAUGACUAUGAGGAGGGUCGCAGACUGCUGCUGGACGCACAGGAACAACAGGCCGGCUGCUGGGGACGAGACAGGUCAUGAGCCCAAGGAUAGAGGAAUGAAAAGGAGAAUAAAAUAUGAAGAGGAACAUUUUUCUUUUUUCUCUCCUUUUUAAGUCUCUCAUGCUGAGAAUAGAGGAUACAGCCACUCCCAGGUCAGGGGAAUGAAUAGUCCCCAGGGAAAACAGCCAAACUUGAAGUGAAGGCAAACUGGACUAAAAGACUUGACACACUGUUCUGUUUGGAAUUGAUAACACAAGUUGUACUGAGCCAAGAUGCCCUCACAGCACUGAGGAAGAGACUGCCUCUGAGACACACACACACACACACACACAGAGAGAGAAACUAAAUUUCCGCUGUAACACACACAAACUACCACUGUAUCUAACAUACACGCUCUGUAAAAUCAUCCACAUGAUGAACCAUCAGCGCUGCCUAUAAGACUCAUUGAAGCCAAGAGACAUUUCUUGCUAACAGUGACAGCCCAGAUACCAACUAGACUGUGUGCUAAUGCUGAGCAUCUCUGGUUAUGUUUGAGGAGCGUGUGAGAUGCCCUGCAAGGCGAACUUCACCCGCCUAAAUAUUAGUUUGCGUUUCCAUUGAAAUGUAUGAUUUUGAAAAGAUGAGCGAGACUGCAGCUCUCAGACACCGAGGGAGAGAUGAUGGGGAAAUUACUAAAGCAUGAGAUUAUGUUUUUACCUUUUGGGAGAGAAUUUGAAAUAGAUGGCGAAGUGAAGACUACCUGAGGACAGUGUAGUGGACAAAUCACUGGUCCUUCGAGAACUCGUCCCCACACACACACACCAUGAUCACAAGCCACUGGUAGUCCAAUCACUGUGCCAUGCUAACCCAGGGCCUGAUAGCUGUGGUCAGUGGCCAUCUCAUCUCAGAUGAUUGGAGUGAUUACCUCUCAUCCUCAGCCAACCAUGGAGAACUCAUCACAUCACCACAAGUUGUUGAACAGCAGCUGGGAAACACACGACUAGGCUGUGCUCACCCCGGCUUCCAGCAAGGCAAGGCCACUGCCUUUCCCAUUGGAACUGAAGCACAGGACAGUGCUUCAGUCAAUAAAACUGAUGUGGAGGAGAUCAAAAUCAGAAGGAUACAUCCUAGUUCCACUCAGCCCUGACUUGUAGGCCCCACUGGUGGCUCACAGAGGGCUGUCUGUCUCUAGUCUAGUCACCCUGGUGGAACUAAUGCCUGAACUCCUCUGAGUGGGAUCAAUAACCCCCUCUGUCUCUCCACCACCACCAUGGGAGGAGAAAGAGUAAAGGGGGGAAAGGGGAGAGGUAGGAGAAGGGGAAAGAGAGGAAGAGGGAGAAGGAUCCCCACCUCCAUCCCGCCUUUCAGCUCCUGGACAGCCGCCUCAUCCUCUGGAGGAUAAGUCCCCUGAUACAACCAGGCUGCCUGGUCUGCUACAGCACUGUGUCUGGUUCACACAGCCCUAUGGGACCAGGGAUGGAGGACUAGGGAGGCACUCAGGAAAACCUUAGUAGUGUUUUGGUAUAUGGAUUCGUUAGUGUAGCUUUGUAUGGUUCGUAAGAGAAAAUAACAAAAAUACUGUGUGUUCUAGUUCAUUAACUUAGGGUGAACUUUUGUUUAAGUAUCUGGAUAUUUUUAUUUAGGCACUGCAAAUGUGCUAUAUAUUAGUUUAAUAUAUUAGUGGAAAGUUGGAAUUAUUUCAAAUAAAAAUAAAUGAUUUAUCAAAGGUU